UAGUAAGUUUUGCAUUCGUUCCGUUACGCUCAACAGGUGAACGCGGUUUUAAUAGCAGUGGAAAUUUGAUUAAGUACAUUUUGGUGUUUUCAAAGGAUUUAAAGGAUGAUUUCGUGCUGUUGUCAAUUUUUUAAGAGCAUUAAUUUUUGAGUUUAGUUUGUAUUUAAAAACACAAAAGUUUCAAAAAUUUGAGGAAAAUGAAAGCAAAAAAAUCAAUUAUGAACUUCAAUUUGAACCUGACUUUAUACUUUGCGGUGCUGCUGCUACUGUCGGCGAUAUUCUUCACCGGAGCAGAUAUGUCCUGCGAUUCGUGUGGACGAGAAUGCGCAAGAGCCUGUGGAACGAAACAUUUUAGGACGUGUUGUUUCAACUAUUUACGGAAACGCUCAGCCCCUUUGGAAGCGGAACAAAACCCGAACAGUAUUAUACAGAGCCCAUUCGAUGCAUUAACGUCAUUCGAAAGGAAGCUGGAAUCAUGGAUAAGAGAUACUCGGGAACUCGAAGACACCCUGCGCGAAAAUAUUGCACAACAACGGGUCAAUAAUCUGAAGAAACGACGAACCGCUUCCUCUGAUGAAUUUUUAGAACUCUCUUGAGAAAUAUUUGGGAAAAGAUAUAAAAAUCACGGCAGUAUGAGGAUUCCGAUAAAUAUGAAAGAUAAAUUCUGUUAGCAACUUCUGUAUGGAUCGAGGCAAAAACUAUUGAAUAAAAUGCGUAUAUACGCCAUAAUCAGGAUAUGUAGCAAUUGAGGAGUAAAUGAAAUAUGAACUAUACAUUUUCUUCGUUGUUUCGUUCAAUUAAUGUUACUCGCAGCAUACAGACUUAAUGUCACAUUAUAUACGUAAAAUAUAUAUCACCUGAUCAUCAUCAAUAAAAUCCUUACUUUUA